ACUCUACACAUACAAGUGUCAGUGUACUAACAAUAAAUCUUCAGUCUUCAGACACCUGUCUGAGAGUUCGGUUGCAAAUUUUUCUUCUCCAUUUGUAGAACGUAUUGUCCAGAUUACUUAACCUAUAUAAGCAUGGAUCGGUCGGUACUUAUCGCAUUUGACUUUGAUCAUACGAUCGUCAAUGAUAACACCGAUAUCGUGGCUCGAAAACUAUUACCUAAGGAAAAAUUCCCAGAGAGCAUUAAGGAUUUGUAUCGUUGUAAUGGUUGGAUCACAUAUAUGGGGAAGAUAUUCGAGUUGCUUCACAGUAAUUCCAUCGACAUAAAGCAAAUCAAAACCGCUAUUACUAACAUACCUGCUGUACCGGGUAUCGAAAAUCUCUUGAAAGAAUUGCAUUCCCGAGGUUGCGAAAUUAUUAUCAUUAGCGAUUCGAACACGUUUUUUAUUAACAAAUGGUUGAAAAGUAGAAAUUUAAAUUACACUGUCGCCGAGACAUUCACAAAUCCCGCGGUAAUCGAUAACGAUGGUUUGUUGAAACUGGACAUGUAUCAUGUUCAAAAUUCUUGCAAACUGAGCACCGUCAAUUUGUGCAAAGGGCAGAUUUUAGAGGAUUACGUUAAAAAACGAAGCAACGAAGGGGUACAUUUCGACCGAAUAGCAUAUGUCGGUGAUGGAAAAAAUGAUUUGUGCCCGAUGUUACGCCUUUCCGAGCGUGAUAUCGCAUUUCCGCGAAAAGAUUAUACGCUUAUGAAGAUGUUGAACCACGAUGAAAAUAACCAAAUACCAAAAAUAAACGCACGUGUGUUCCCAUGGAGCGAUGGUACUGAAAUUUUAAAAAUAUUAGAGGAAGAAAUUGGACUUUCCCAACCUUCUUUGUAAUUUUGACAAUAGUAUUUAUUGAUUUUAUCUAAUAUUAAUUAUAAUCAAUAAAGAAGUAUUGCACCAUUA